AUGGAGGCACCUGACAUCGUGUCCUUCAACUCCGCCUUGGGGGCUUGUGACAAAGGGGGGCAAUGGCGCGUGGCCGUGGCAUUGCUAGAGGCAUUGGAGACACGGAGCCUCGAGGCGGACAAGUUCACGUAUAGCACCAUCAUCAACACCUGCGGUCGCUCAGAGGAGUGGAUACAAGCGUUGAGUCUUCUGGAUCACGCCCAUCUGCGCGGAGUGGCGAUCGACCUCGUUGUGCUGAACACAUUGGUGACAGCCUGUGAACGGGCGAAGGAAUG